GCACUGCAUUAGUUUAGUCGAUUUAUAUUUUGCUCACUUAUCGAUGAACUUCAUAAUCACCUUGCUAAUAGUUGCUCCUUAUAAGAUUAUUGUUUUAUUCAGUCAGCCAAGGAACUUCAUCAUACUGUGACCUAUUUCCCGUCGGGAUAAUAAUAAUCAUGGAAAACUUCGAAUUCUCAUCUGAACCCAAAACUCCCCCUGCGACAACAUUCAAUGGGCCGCAGUUUUACAACGUGUACAAAGAUGCUGAUUUCCUCCGCAUCGACGCUAAUGUUGAGAAGCUGCUCGGUCGAGGGUACGAGCUGAGGAAGAAACUCAGCACCGUGCCAGCUGGCCACACCAUCGUGCUUGAAGGCAUGCAUCUUGAACGCAACACUCCUUUGCUGAUAAAGAAGACCGCGAAAAACAUAAAAGUUGAAGACUUUGAAUUCACGUACAAUCGUCUAGUUAGUCUUGCCGCUGGAUUCGCGUUGGAGAAUCGUCAAAGAUUCCCGAACCUUGUGUCUGAAGAGGCGAAAGUGCUUGGCCUGCAGUGGGACCAUAACAACGAGGAGAAAUGCAGGCUGUACCUGUCAGCUGUCAGCGGCACCGAGCACUUGAUUGAUAAGUUCUCAUUCUGGCCUCUCUUGUGCGGACUGCGAAAGUACCAACUGAAAAAGCUGCCCGUCGAACUAGUAGUCAAGAUGGGAAAUAUCAAAAACAGCGAAGGCUUGACUAUGGCUAAACUCUUGAAGAAACACUUGGUAACCGCUAAACGAGUCUGGCUGAUGUUCCCGGGAACUUCUCUGCGUGACUUCCAAACACUUCUCGACGAAUCCCCGGAACUCAGAAAACUGUUCCAAGGUUGAUAUAUUUCAAGUGGUACCUUUUGGAUCACAACUUACCGGCAGAUAAUAAUCAAUGUUUUUUAAAUAUUCUGCCACCAUUUCAUACUUUUUAAUUGUACAUUUAUAUGUUUGUACAAAUAUUGUAAUCUUAUUUUGUUUCCUAUUAAACGGAACAACAACUGA